UGACAACCAAUGACGUUUACGGUUUUGUGCGGAUGGAGUAGUAAAAUAGUAUUUUUGUAAAACUAGAAUAAAAAUUAAAGGCAUAUAAGUAGUUUUAAGCUAAACUUAAGUGUUUAAAUUAGUAGAAAAUGUGAUGUUUCUAUAACCGAUCUGUCAUAUACAUAGAGUUAAGGCUUAAAGGCCCUGAUUGACCUCGUCGACUGAUUCGAAGGACUAUCGUGCAAAUAAAUUAGGUAUGUCGGUUUGGUCAGCCAGUACAGCUGGAAAUAAUUACCACUCCGCUUUACCAGGUGGCCAUUUCGGUUCCUCUAACAACUGGUGUCCCAAAUUAAGCAAGGAGUGGAUGACAGGUAUUUAGCGAGCAUUUUGAUCAGUUUUGUGGCACGCAGACACUGAAGAUUUUACUACUUAUCAUUUUCUAACAAGACAGCAUAAGUGCGCGAUGUCGGGCGAGACUCCAAUCCAGUCGGCGGACGGAUUCCACACGCCAGCCUAUUUGUCAUGGAGGAAACUGCAGCUCAGCAGGGCAAAGCUCAAAGCCUCCAGCAAGACAUCAGCUCUACUCUCCGGAUUCGCUAUGGUAGCGAUGGUUGAGAUUCAACUUAAUACGGAUGAGAAUGGAAAGUCGAAAGUGCCUAAGGAAAUGCUAGUAGCCUUCGCAGUAUGUACGACACUGCUAGUUGCAGUGCAUAUGCUGGCUCUUAUGAUAAGUACAUGUAUCCUGCCGAACAUCGAAGCCGUUGGCAAUCUCCACAGCAUAUCCCUCGUCCACGAAUCGCCUCACGAACGACUCCACUGGUACAUAGAGAUAGCGUGGGCCUUCUCCACGCUACUCGGUCUCAUACUGUUCCUCAUAGAGAUAGCCAUUCUCUGCUGGGUGAAGUUCUACGACCUGAACCCGACGGCAGCAUGGUCUGCUUGCGUUGUCCUCAUUCCAGUCAUGAUUGUGUUCCUAGCCUUCGCCAUACACUUCUACAUGUCGUUAGCCAAGCACAAAUACGAAGUGACGGCCACAGGCAUCAAAGAACUUGAAUUGCUCAAAGAACAGAUCGAAAUGGGAGACCACGAUGCUCGUAUGAAUCAUUUGCCGUUGCUCGAGCAAGGCCGCAUCGUUUGAUUAUCUACGUGAGUGUCCUAUGUCCUAUUUGGAAUGUUAUAUUACCUUUUGUUUGUGAGUGUACACCAUUGAUUAUUAGGUAAGUUAUCAUGUACUUAGAUUGUUAAGAUUGUACUUAUUGAGUGCCAACGUACAGGUUACACGAUACGAACUGUUUAGGGGCGCUUUAAUUGAUCAAAUGUUACUACAGGGCUAAUAGGUACUUGUUACUAGCCGCAAGAGUCGAAUGGCUCGUACGUUUAACCCUGUAGUCUUGGUUUUGAAAAUUGUGUUGUGGUAACAAUGUGCCUUGUGGGAAAAAUAACCUUCCUAGUGUCUUCCUAAACCAGUUAAUUUUAUAGGAAUGUUAUUAGUAGGUGGCCACGACUCAUAAAACCCCAAUGCAGUUACAGUUCACGCCCUGAUACAUGUUUGGCAAGCGGCCUUGUCAAUGUCGAUGACAUUUCACUUUUCCGCGAAACAUCACCAUAGGCACAAGGCUCAAUUGGCCGCGAAUUGUUAUUGCGUCACAAUAUAAAAAAAAACAAUGUCAAAAAACGGUCACACGUUAGGCAGCAGAUGAAGAAAUGUAUGAAUUUGAGUUGAAUUUAAAUAUGUAACGGGGUAUUUUAUACUUAUAAUAAUUUUUGUUUUAAAAUCUCAUUUUGUAUACAGGUAGUAGACACAGACAAAGUAAACUAGUUAUAGAUAACAAUAACGAAUCUCUGUUAAUGUACAUUUGUUGUUUAUAAUAUCAACGACGCCAUAAUAGUAUCGAUUUGAAUGAAAUGAACGCCAAUCUAUUAGAGUUACUAGAAGUAAUUAAUACUGUUCCAGUUGCAUUGAUCAAAUCCAAUCCAUACAUAUAGUUAAACAUGACGUACAAACUAAUAAUCCUUCUAAGUAUAUAUCUACUAUUUAUAGUAAUAAUAUUUAAAAAGAAACAAAAUGUUACGAAUUUGUGGACAAGAAUCACCCUGUUGCUGUUUAUAGAUGGUUGGCCUAUUUUUUAAAUUUCCAUUCACUGGCUGUUGCAGUCCCAUUGUAAUUAUUGUUUGAAAUAAUUAUGGUCUGGAAUAACACAUAGGCUAAUUUUAACCGGGAAAGAGGGCGAUACCGCGUGCAGUAGCUAGUUUGAUAAUUUAAUAAACCUAUGUUUUCAUGUGCUAUGUAUGUAUUAAUUUCGUGCAAUGCUAAAAUUUAGGCUCCGAACACAAUUUGAAUAAUUGAAUGACAAUUAAAAAUGUUGCAAUAUUUUUUGUAGUACUUAGUAGGUAUAGAUUGGUAAGAUAUUUAUGUAUGUACCUAGUGUACACGUCAAAGGAUAAUGCCUGAAAUUGUAUGGAGCAAUAACCCAGAAUCGAUUAAAAUAUUUUAUGUGUGGCAACGUAGAGUAUUAUACUUAAUUGUAUAAUUAUAAUAGUCCUCCUUACCGAUUUCGGUAACGGCGCCUUUACAUAAGCUAUUUUCUGUCGUGGGCCCUGAUGUGACCAGCCAGACCGAACUUAGUUUUAAAAAUUCCAACCACUGCUCUAACAAAAUUGCAGGCUCCUGGCCGUCCGGUUAUGGUUUUUCCAAGAACUAAUAGCGUAUUUGUAACCUCUGAUUUGCUGUAUUAUAUUUUUCAUGAAUUAUUUUAAUCGACUCUAGGUUUUUUUUGGCAUUCUCCUUUCUGUUUAAGUUUUUAUCAUAUCACAAUUCGGUCACUUACAAUAAUUAUGUAGAAUACUUAUGUACAAUACAAUAUACAAUUAAUGUUCACUUACGAAUGCAUGUGCCGUUAUAUAAAAAUACGUAGAUUUUUGGACGAUAUAUCAAGGCGCUUAUUAAAUGGCACUAGACAAGAUUUUUAUAAAAGAGAACUGUUCAUGUUAGAACAUCUAAUUUUAUCUUUUUUAGUUAAUACCACAAGGAAACGAAAUUAGGAAAGAAAAAGUAGUAUCCUUUAUUUAACAGAAUAAGUAACUAUAAAAUAAAAUUACACAAAAUUAAAUUACAGUAGCCAAAAAUCUAGUAAAACAUUAAAAAACUAUUAUAGGUACUUACCUCGUUAAUACCUAUUAAUCUAGGUACCUAUCUGAGAUGUUAACCGAUUCAAUGCUACAUUGACUAGACAUUUUUCUACAUAGUACUUACAUCGGCAGGUCAACAUACUCCUUUCUGUCAUAUACGAUCUUCAACCUUAUUCAUUUAAUAUAAAAUCGAAAAUCCCAUGAAAACAUUGGCAGAAAAGAAUAGCUUGACCUGCUGUGCCUGUAUUAAUGCAUGAUUAGGUUUGCUAGUAAGUCAAACGUGAUCGUUCCGAAGCUUUACAUCGCGAAAAGGGUUAAUGUACCGUAAAUGUCAGUGGAGUUAUAUUUCAACCGCAGCUGGGGUAUAAGGCCUUGUUUAUUAAAGAAAAAAAUGUAAAGAACAGCAAUUUAGAUGAUAUUUUCCUCAAAAACAUACAAUAUGGAGAUCACUCAUAUUAGCUCAAAGAGAAUAAUGUACUUUUUGGCUCUUACUAGGCCUAUUUCGCUCAUUUUUUGUAUAUCGCCAGCCAAGAUGAUGAAUGUGGUUAAGUCAUAAAAGGAUUCCCCAUAACAUAGAUUUCGUUGUAAUUUUGUAACUAGGUAGGUAGCUACUGAGAAUAAUUUAGCAAGUCUCACGUUUAAUCAACAAUAAAUUAUUAACGUUUAACGUGCUUACUAAAAUAGCGAUAAUAACAUCAUGAAACCUCGCUAACCAGUAGAUACGAACUUCAUAACAACUCCUUAAGUAAUUACCUAUUAUGAAUCAAGACUUAUGCAACACGACAAAAUGGCGACGGUUAUAUUGAAAUAGUAUAAUCUAACUAUCUGUAUAAUUAUGGUAAUUAUAUUUUUGUAUCACAACAAGUGACCAUAUCCAUAGCAUAUCUAUUUUAUUCAAGUCCUUCGUCAUUCUCUUACAUCGCAUAAGGAUCUCAUGAUUAUGGGCUCUAGUUGAACUCGAAAAUAGUCUAACAUGAUAACAUCUUCGUAACAGAAUUAUUUGAAUAAAUAGUACCUAAAUAAUUUUAUGUACGUAAUAGUAUGGAGCUAUAAACAUAAUUACAUUUUGAAUUUUAAAUUAUAAACAUAAUUUAUCAUAAGUACUAUCGCAGCAUUGAAUCGGUGACCAGCCAACACCAGUGUACCUUAUUUUAAUUAGAGCAAGCGCUGUACACAUGUCUAUUAAUUUGUAAGCCGAAAACUAAGGCAAUAACAUGAUAUUGACUGUAUUUAUUACUUAAUCCAAUAAGUACUGUGAUAUAAUAAUGAAUGACAUUAUAAAUCUGUUAAUAUAUAAGUGAAUUUAGUAUUUAAAUUGUAUAAUAUUAUUAUAUAUAUAAAUAAAAUGGUAACCUGUAGAAUUUUAUAUAAGAAAUAAUUUUACAAUGUUGUUAUUUUUAAUGAUCUUGUAGAACACAUUAUUACAUUUGGUCGAUGCA